AUGUCGUUCACCUUCGGAACCCCGAGCUCAUCAAGCGCACCGUCUAAUAAUGCUACGACUACCGCGCCAGCCUCUGGUGGUCUCUUUGGGGGUGCAUCGUCUGGAGGCACUCCUUCCUUUUCGUUUGGCUCAUUAGGUGGCACUGCCGGCAGCAACAACGCGACAUCAACAAACAGUGGUGGCUCCAUAUUCGCCCAGAAACCAGCUGGCGACGCGCAGAAGCCCGCCGGUGGUCUGUUUGGGGCACCGGCUUCGUCUUCAAACGCAGCAUCAACGCCGACAACUGGCGGUUUGUUUGGAGCAACUUCCACGACCCCAUCCGCUGGCAGUCCCUUUGGCGGAACAAACAAUGUAUCUUCUGCCCCUGCAUCGGCAGCCCCUGUCUCUACUGGCUUGCUUGGAGGAGGUAGCGGUGCUUCCGGCUUGACCCUCGGCGGUGCGGUUGGAGGCGCCAGCACUUCCCCUUCUAAGCCAGCCUCUGGCACUUUGUUUGGUGGCGGUGGUAUGUCGUCAGGCGGUGGUCUUUUCGGUGCUCAGACUACCACCGGACAGUCUCAAAGUACAGCUUCGACGGUCGCGGCGCCUUCAUCUGGUCUGUUCGCCUCGUCCGGAAGUUCAUUGUUUGAAAACAAGACCAGCACAACCCCUGGUUCGAACACGCUGAACACGACUACCCCGACGACUGCCACUGCGGCAACACCAGCCAAGCCUUUGUUUUCGCUCCCUUCGACUACCCCGGCAGGAGCCCCCCCGACUGAUUCAUCCAAGCCUGCGUCCACGACAGGUACGGCGGCUGGCGGACUCUUUAGCAGUGCUGCACAGCCAUCCACAUCGUCAGCUUCGACAUCCGCGGCCCCGGCUGCUUCAGGACUUUUCGCGGGUACACAAUCUGCAGGAGGAUCUUCUGCAGGGAAUCUUUUCGGCAAUAAAUCAGCAGCGGCGACCGGAGCUACUGGUGGAGGUUUGUUUGGCGGCCCUGCCAACAGUACGCCAUCUACUACUGCACCAUCUGGAUCGGCCGCAGCAAGCUCAAUCUUCACUUUGAAAGCUGCUGAUGCCACGGGACCAACCGCUCCAACCUCAACAAAUACCGGCAGCAGCUUGUUCAGCGGCACUGCAAGCUCUGCCGCCACACCCUCGUCUGCCACGCCUGCAACCGCCAGCGGUAUUGCUGGAAGUACCUUGUUUGGAAACAAGUCUGCGACCACUACGACCUCAUCAACAACCCCAUCUGCUACCUCGGCUGCAGGCGGUAUGUUUGGAGGCGUCCAGGCCGGUUCUACUGCUUCUGCAGCUAAACCUUCUUCUUCUCUGUUUGGUUCAACUGCUCCCGCAUCAACAACUGCGCAGCCUGCAGCCGCAACGCCUGCAUCAACUGGAGCAGCGACGGCAGCAUCCACUUCAACGGCAGGAAGCUUGUUUGGCACCAAACCUACGACGGAUGCGACCAACAAAGACAACGCCAGCAAAGAUGAGCCCAAAAUCACGGCCCAGAAUGGCACCACCAGUGCCCUCGGUGCUUCCACAGCUGGCCCAAUCUCACAGCUUGCCAGACUUAAGAACAAGACCAUGGAAGAUAUCGUCACUCGAUGGGCGUCAGAUCUAACCAAGCAUCAAAAAGAGUUCAAGGAGCAAGCUGCCACAGUGUCCAACUGGGACCGCAGCUUGGUUGAUAAUGGCGAAAAAAUUCAGAAGCUUUACCUGAACACUUUUGAAGCCGAGCGCGCCAGCCAUGAAAUUGAACGCCAGCUCGCCGCUGUGGAAAGCCAGCAAGAGGAGCUGGAAGCAUGGCUGAGUCGUUACGAACCAGAGGUGCAGGACAUGUUUGCCAAGCAAAUUGGUCCUGGCGAGCAGCCUGCGGGACCUGAUCAGGAGCGUGAGCGUACAUACAAGUUGGCCGAAAAGCUAACGCAACAGUUGGAUGAGAAGUCUCGCGACCUCUCAAAGAUGGUCAAGGAAAUCAACGACAUCUCUGGGUCCUUGAGCAAAGGAGCCAAGACCGAAGAUCCCCUGAGCCAGAUCGUACGGGUUCUCAAUGGCCAUCUCACUCAGUUGCAGUGGAUUGAUGCAAAUGCAUCAGAAUUGCAGGCCAAGAUUUCCGCUGCGCAAAAGUCCAGCGGCUCCCUUAACAAUCACUACACUGGACCAGAAAGCGAUGCCGCCGAGGGUUUCUACCGCUCCUACUACGGGCGCCGAUGA